UUCAACCCCAAAUACAAAAUGUCCUCCCACGAACACACCUCCCACCGACAUCCCCGAUCCCACAGAAGAUCCGACUCCCGCUCCCGCUCCCCAGACAGACACAGACGGCACCACCACCGAGAUCGCGAUCGCACCCACCGUCACCACCACAGAAACCACCACCAUGACCGUCGUGAGCGCCACCCAGAACCACCCACAAAACCAAUCGUCCUCCCCUUCCAAGCGCGAGAGCUCUGCAAGCGCGACCUACCAACCUACGAACCCAUGUUCGCCAUGUACCUCGAUAUCCAAAAGGGGAUACUACUUGAAGAUCUCACCGAAGACGAAGUCAAGGGACGAUGGAAGAGCUUCAUAAAUAAAUGGAACCGCGGAGAACUCGCUGAAGGAUGGUACGAUCCGAGUACCCUUGCGAAAGCGCGACAGAACGCCCAGGAAGAGGCUUCGGCUCCGGCUUCGAAGCGGCGCCGUGGGUCGCCCGAGUACGGUCCCGAUGGUGAUGAUGAGGUCAGGGUACCCGAGGGAGAUAAUCUCGAAGAAGACGAUGAUGAUUACGGGCCUGUUCUUCCGACGCAUGAUCGGUUGAGUAGAUAUGAGGGUCGCGUGGGGCAGUCGUCUGGCCCGACUAUUCCUACGAUGCAAGAUUUGGAGUUGCGGAAAGAAUCUGCGGUUGAGGAUGCGAUUGCGGAACGGGAGGACUCGCGAAAACAACAUCGUGCUGAAGUGCGCUCGCACCGGUCUGAGUUACGACGGAUGGAAGAUGAGGUUGCGCCGCGUGCUGAACCGGGUACACAUGAGCGGCGUAUGGAAAAGCGUCGCGAGGCUAAUGCAGCGAAUAAAGCCUUUGCUGAGUCCCGAAGGGGCGGUUCUCCUGAUGGGGCUCCAGAUGACGAGCUGAUAGGGUCGGGGGACAAUGACCUGGAUGCUAUCAAGAGGGCCAAGGACAAAGAGCAGCGGAAGAAGAACGAGCGAGAAAUUAGGAGAGAGGAGAUACUCCGGGCACGCGCUGCGGAGCGGGAAGAGAGACUGCAGCAAUAUCGACAGAAAGAAGAGGAGACUAUUGGGUGGCUUAAGACGCUGGCAAAGCAACGGUUUGGAUGAUAGUCUACUUUUCCUCGUUGGGGAUAUUUCAUCUUGCUAGAAGAUGGUCUAAAGCAGUCCAAAGAGGGCUAAUCCUUUAGCAGGUAACUAACCCUAUUUAAAAUUGCGAGUAAUGUUAAUAAAAAACGAAUUCUACUGUCAUGCAUGAAAAUAUACCUAU